AUGCUUGAGAUAGCUUGCUUCAACGCUGCUUCUGCCAUCGCAGCAGCGCAAGCCGGCGCCGAUCGCAUCGAGCUGUGUGCCGACUACGCAGCUGGCGGGGUAACGCCUUCCCUCUUAACGCUGCAGGAUGUACGGAAGAAAGUCAAGAUCCCGAUCAAUGUUAUGAUCCGGCCACGAGGAGGCGACUUCAACUACUCCGACGAAGAGUUUGAGCUCAUGAAGAAAGAGAUUGAGAUGCUUAAGCCUUUUGCUAGCGGUUUCGUUUUUGGCAUCUUGAUGGUCAAUCGAUGGAUAGACCCCACUCGUAAUCGCGACCUAGUCGAGAUUGCUGCUCCGCUUCCUUGCACGUUCCAUCGGGCAAUCGACGAAACAGACGAUUUAGAGGAAGCCGUGGAGGCCGUUGAGAACUGCGGUUUCAAGAGCAUCUUGACAAGUGGCGGAUAUAAGACCGCAGCGGAAGGGGCUACUGCUCUUCAUAUCUUGCACUUCUUUCGGCCCAAUAAGGUCUCGUUGAUUGUUGGAGGCGGGGUCAGAAGCACCAAUGUUGAGGAUCUCAAGAGGAGGACCACAUUAAAAUGGUUUCACUCCGCAGCCAUCACAACGCCUGGAGAAGAUGUUGACGCCGAGGAAGUGAGAAAGAUAAAGGAUGUGUUGUCAAAACUCAAAUGGAAGCAAUGA